GUUUUGAAAGCCUUGCUCAGCCCAUGAUCUUAAAGCCUUGCUCAGCCCAUGAUCUUAAAGACAUAACCCAGCAGUCAUGACGUCCCGACUGUUGGCUGCCAGUGUGUUGGUGUCCUGCUGUGUGUUACUCUGUGCUGCAGAAAAUUCGACCUGCGAUGAUCAGUGCAGCGAGGGUGAGUAGACACUGGACCGGUGAGACAUAGUUCAGGUGCCCAAAUAUCUGUCCUGGAGCGUCAUUGUAGGUAGAGUGGCUGCCUCGUCUCCAAGGGAUAGCAGCUUUAAUUGGGAAGUUGGGGGGGGGGGGGGGGGCAAACGGGCGUCCAAAAAAAAAUAAACAUAUUCUCUAACCCCCAAACCCCUUUUUUUUGUCCNGUUAGUGACAAUGUUACAUAGAAAAUGGGCUCGGCGUUAGCUACAGACAUUGUCACAUAGAGAAUAGCCUCGGCAUUAGUGAAGGACAUUGUUACAUAGAGAAUUGCUGUAGCAUUAGUAACAGACAUUGUUACAUAGAGAUACAUGUUUGUUGAUUAUUCGGCAAUAGAAAUCCAGGGUAAUGUUGACAACACCUUCCAGUUUAAAACGUGUUAUUUUUUAUUGAAGUUUUGAAAGCCUUGCUCAGCCCAUGAUCUUAAAGCCUUGCUCAGCCCAUGAUCUUAAAGACAUAACCCAGCAGUCAUGACGUCCCGACUGUUGGCUGCCAGUGUGUUGGUGUCCUGCUGUGUGUUACUCUGUGCUGCAGAAAAUUCGACCUGCGAUGAUCAGUGCAGCGAGGGUGAGUAGACACUGGACCGGUGAGACAUAGUUCAGGUGCCCAAAUAUCUGUCCUGGAGCGUCAUUGUAGGUAGAGUGGCUGCCUCGUCUCCAAGGGAUAGCAGCUUUAAUUGGGAAGUUGGGGGGGGGGGGUUGACAACUGACGUCCACAAAAAAAUACACAUCUUCUCUAACCCCACAACCCCUAUUUUUUGUCCGCGUACUUUCUGCAUAAGACGGGGAUAAGUUAAGACAUUUUUGGUAAGUUGUUCGAACUGAAACCAAUAAAACAUUAAAAGAACUGUACCAACGCGUAUAGACUAUCAUAAAUCAAAAUGGUUUAGAAGUGGACAGGAGGGGGGGGGAGGGUGGCACUUACCUGGCACCAAUCCAAAUAAUAGCGUACCUAAAAUAGGUCAUUCCUUAUCCCGAAUAUGGAUCCCAUACAUUAUUGGAGACACUUGCAGUCCUUAACACCAACGAAUAGAAGCUAUGGAUGGCGUGUUCAGUCAUUCAUAAGUUAUAUAAGAGCAAUAGAAGGAUUCACCUUUUCUUGUGAAGCUCUAACUUAAAAGUAUGUCAUUUAGAACUUUAAUAGAACAAAAAACAACCAACCAAGCCAAUGAUCGGCAAAUCUCGGCCCGCAAGCCGCAUGCAGCACUUUGGCGACCUGAGCGUGGCGUGGCUCGGCCAGCCGGCCACAAAUCGGUUUUGACACCGAAAUACAUGGUUCUUGGCAGGUUCUUUUUUUUAAUCUUCCUGCUGCUGAUGGUUGGCUUUUUUGAGUAAUGAGUUUUCAACCACUGAAUCAACAAAACAAAAAAAUCAUAAAUCAACCAACCAAACAAAAAAAUCAUAAAUCAACCAACCAAACAACAAAACCAUAAAUCAACCAACCAAACAACAAAAUCAUAAAUCAACCAACCAAACAAAAAAAUCAUAAAUCAACCAACCAAACAAAAAAAUCAUAAAUCAACCAACCAAACAACAAAACCAUAAAUCAACCAACCAAAAAAAAAAUCAUAAAUCAACCAACCAAACAAAAAAAUCAUAAAUCAACCAACCAAACAACAAAACCAUAAAUCAACCAACCAAACAACAAAAUCAUAAAUCAACCAACCAAACAAAAAAAUCAUAAAUCAACCAACCAAACAAAAAAAUCAUAAAUCAACCAACCAAACAACAAAACCAUAAAUCAACCAACCAAACAAAAAAAUCAUAAAUCAACCAACCAAACAACAAAACCAUAAAUCCACCGCACCAUUUUUAAAAGGUUAUUAAAGAUCUGUAUGUUCUUAAAAUGCCUUGUAGAGGCAUUUCUUCGGAUGGAUCACCUGACAGCUGUAUUGCAUAUUUUAUUUUGUUUAUUGUUUCUUGUGAUGAGAAAUCGAUUAUUCUGCUUUACUGGGGCAUAAUUGUGCAUAGGUUAGUGCAGAACCGUCCCUCCUCAGCGUACCAACAAUGCUCUAAUGCGACUACCUGGCUCUACCAACGUUAUUGAGUACAUGCCAAACUUUACAAUAUGUUUAACAUGCUUAAAAACAUAAUAAAAACUGCUGAUAGAAAUUAAAUGUUACUAAUAGUUUAAAUCAUUUUUUCUGUGAUUAUCCAGAACCGAGGGCAGUAGACGCGGACAGCGCUACUUCAAGUCCACAAGACCAUGUGGUCACUACACUUGGUGCCGGCUACAAGCUCGAGACUUUAGGCUUGAGAAUGUUCUACCUGUUUUGUGGAGGAAUUCUUCCAAUUUUGAUUGUACUCUUCUCAAAUCCAGAAUGGGACAGAUUUCUACUUACUCCAAUGAGACGAUUGUUCAGUCAGUGUAGGCAAGGCACAGCCAAGUGCACGAAGGCAAAACACACAACAGCUAGAGAAAAGCGUCUGUCUGUGAGAUAUUCAAAAGUAGAACAGGGGGACGAGCUCCAGACAGAGAUUCCGAACCAAAGUGAAACAUUAAAUGAUCAUCUCAACCAACCUGGAGCCCAUGAGGACUCUCUGAAUAAAACUAUUAUAGUAGAUGAGCGUCUGAAUCAGCCUGAAAUAGUGGAUCAUGGUCUGAAUCAGUCUGUAACAGUGGAUCAUGGUCUGAAUCAGCCUGUAACAGUGGAUCAUUGUCUGAAUCAGCCUGUAACAGUGGAUCAUUGUCUGAAUCAGCCUGUAACAGUGGAUCAUUGUCUGAAUCAGCAUGUAACAGUGGAUCAUUGU